GCCCACCCUCUACCCCUCACCCCAAAACCCUGCUUGACAUGCUAUAUAUAGGCAUAGAUAUAUACACUUCAAUUUGGGAAACAGUUCAGCUCUCAAUAGACACUGCAAGCUGUGUGUUCUUGCAAGUGUAGGUGCUUUCUAGGUUCCAAAGCAGCUAUGGCGAUGGACAAAACGACGGCGUUUUUGGUGUUUCUGUGUCUGUGGGCAGCUGUUGCAGAAGCAGAGUACGUCAAAUACAAAGACCCCAAACAGCCAUUGAAUGUGAGAAUCAAAGAUUUGAUGAAUAGAAUGACUCUUGAAGAGAAGAUUGGACAGAUGACACAAAUCGAAAGGAAAGUAGCCUCCCCUGAUGUAAUGAAGCAAUAUUUCAUAGGGAGUGUGUUGAGUGGUGGAGGAAGUGUUCCUGCGCCCAAGGCUUCUGCUGCGGAUUGGGUGAAUUUGGUGAAUGGUAUUCAAAAGGGGGCUGUUUCAACCAGGCUUGGGAUACCGAUGAUUUAUGGGAUUGAUGCUGUUCAUGGCCACAACAAUGUGUACAAAGCCACCAUUUUCCCUCACAAUGUUGGGCUUGGUGUCACCAGGGAUCCACAACUUCUGAAGAGGAUUGGAGCUGCUACUGCACUAGAAGUUAGGGCCACUGGAAUUCCAUACGCCUUUGCGCCUUGCAUAGCUGUCUGUCGGGAUCCAAGAUGGGGCCGUUGCUACGAGAGCUACAGCGAGGAUCACAAGAUCGUUCAGGCAAUGACCGAGAUCAUCCCUGGUCUGCAGGGUGAUCUCCCGGCUAACUCCAAAAAGGGCAUACCUUUUGUUGCUGGAAAGACAAAAGUUGCAGCUUGUGCAAAGCAUUUUGUGGGAGAUGGUGGUACGACGAGGGGACUAGACGAAAACAACACUGUCAUCGACUCCAAGGGACUGUUUAGCAUCCACAUGCCUGCCUACUAUGAUUCUAUCAGAAAAGGCGUUGCCACUGUCAUGGUCUCUUACUCGAGCUGGAAUGGCCUAAGGAUGCAUGCUAACCGCGACCUUGUCACCGGCUUCCUCAAGAACAAACUGAGAUUCCGGGGCUUUGUGAUAUCAGAUUGGCAGGGCAUCGACAGGAUCACAAGCCCACCCCACGCGAACUACACUUACUCUGUUGAAGCCGGAGUUCUUGCUGGAAUUGACAUGGUUAUGGUACCUGAGAAUUUCCAAGAGUUCAUCAACACUCUGACUUCUCUCGUGAAAAGCAACGUGAUCCCCAUGAGCAGGAUCGAUGAUGCUGUUCGUAGAAUACUUAGGGUGAAGUUCGUGAUGGGCCUAUUCGAGAACCCUCUAGCUGAUCUCUCCCUAUCAAGCCAUCUUGGAAGCCAGGAACAUAGGGAGCUGGCACGGGAAGCUGUAAGAAAGUCGCUCGUCCUGUUGAAGAAUGGUGAUAACCCAAGAAACCGGCUGCUUCCCCUUCCGAAGAAGGCACCCAAAAUCCUAGUUGCAGGAACUCAUGCUGAUAACUUGGGAUACCAAUGUGGAGGCUGGACUAUAGAGUGGCAAGGCGUGCACGGCAACGACCUCACAGCCGGAACCACAAUCCUAGCUGCCAUCAAGAAGACAGUAGACCCUUCCACACAGGUAGUCUUCUCCGAGAAUCCGGAUGCUGGGUUCGUGAAGGGCGGGGGGUUCUCCCACGCCAUCGUGGUGGUGGGCGAGGUCCCCUACGCGGAGAUGUUCGGCGACAGCACGAACCUGAGCAUCGCAGACCCCGGGCCAAGCACCAUCAAGAACGUGUGCGGAGCCAUGAGGUGCGUGGUGGUGGUGGUGUCGGGGCGACCGGUGGUGAUGGAGCCGUACGUGAGGCAGAUAGGAGCACUCGUGGCAGCGUGGCUGCCGGGGAGCGAGGGACAGGGGGUGGCUGAUGUGCUGUUCGGUGACUAUGGGUUCAGUGGGAAGCUUGCAAGGACUUGGUUCAGGUCUGUGAAUCAGCUGCCCAUGAAUGUGGGAGAUGCACAUUAUGAUCCUCUCUUCCCAUUUGGGUAUGGGCUCACAACUCAACCUACUAGGCAUGGUUGAGAGAGAGAGAGGUAAAUUGUUGAUGGAUUGUAUUUUGUGUAUUUAAUUUGUGGAGAGAGAAAUGGCUCAGCUGGGAACUACAGUUUAGCAAGUUCUUUUGCUUCUAUGUGUACUACGGAUUUUGAGCUAUAUGAUGAGUAUUUAUUAAUUGUUGCAA